CCUCUCGUCCAUCUGUGUCUGCUGACCAGAGAACAGACUUGGGGAUUAUCAGACAGUUGAUGAGAUUUAGGGCACUGCCAUUGUCCAGGGGAUCAACACACACACAGAGGAGAGAAAGUGAGACUCCCUACUGGAAACUCUCUCGCCCUCUGAAGAGCACCGGCGUUGUGUAUUGUGGUGAAUCCCGUAAAAGAGGAGAGUAGACUGGAUAUUUGUAGUCUUUUCGUCUUUGAACUUGGCUGCAGUACAGAUUGCACAGUACAGACACUACAGUCCAGGAUAGAACUUUGGAACUGUUCUCGCUGUGGAUACACUUGUUGCCAUCUCUCGCACCCAGUCUUCAGCUCACCAAUUGAUGACAAUUAUGACCAGACCACAGAAGAUACGCCUGGAGCUCUGACUGCCAUUCACACCUAGACCUCAACCAUGGAACCCCUCCAUAACAGCUUAUAAGCUAUCAUAACAACCUGUGGAACUUCAACAGUUCCUGUCCCAUUCAAACAAGGGGGACUUUGUUUGGGUGAGAACGGAGCGAACCAAACUGCCCGUCUCCACGGACGGACGGGAUCAUGUACGUGCUGUGCACUCUGGCGGUACUGAGUAUCCACAGCCUCUUUAAGAGCCGACACAAGGCCCUGGAGCCCGGCGAUAAAGAGGCUAGAGAUGGGGCCACGCUGCCUGGGGACAAGGCCCCUCCACUAGGGGAGGGAGGCAGGUCAAGGGAUCCCGGGCCUGGAGGUCUUGGAGGGGGUGUGGGUCCAAGGGAGAAGGAGAGAGGGAUGACUGUAGCCCUCUCUCAGGAUAAGAGGCAGAGGGCUCCUGUUGUAGACAGUAAGGCUGCAGGCUGCAACUUCACAGGCAAACAUAGAGGUGACGGGGAGCUGCGCUGCAGCCAGGGCAGGCUGGGAUGCGGAGAAGGCAACCUGGAGAAUGUGCCGGACAGCAGAAAACGAUUGCAGCCGGUCCAGAGACCCAGUGCUCUGCUCAGCCCUGCGGUCAUGUUCGGAACAAGAAAGACCUGGGACCUUGGCCACGCCCCCUGUCUGCAGGAGCUCUGGAAGAAAGACGUCUCAUUGGAUGCGAGCUCUGUGGACUUUUUGAUGAGUGAUGGUGAGGAGGACUGCUCCUUCCUGUCUCUACCCGCAGCCGCUUUCCCACAACACACCGCUCUGACCACUACUGACCAAUUAGAAACCAGCCAGCACAACCACGACCAACAGCUACUCAUACAGACACUGCAGGAGAAAGUGUGCGAGUUCCAGGCGCGUCUGCGACGCGAGGAAGCUUCCCGGUGUCUGCAGCUGCAGAGACUGCAGCAGAGUCACGCACAGAGUCCGCAGGAGAAGACUAACGUCAUACACACUCUACAAGAGGAGCUGCACACAGCCCUGCCCAACGGUGUUCGAGCAGUGCAGAGGCUGGGUGAGCCACAGGAGCAUCAGCAGCACAGCAACCGUCUCAUUCAGGAAGGAGAGCAGCUCAUCGCAGCGCUGCGCACACAGGUGGGGGAGCUGGAGGAGAAGCUACUAGACCAGAACCAGGAGGUGGAGAGACUGCGCUCGGAGCUGGGGGCGACCGACCUGGAGAAGCACCUGGAGCUGCUGGUGGUCGAGAACGAGCGGCUGAAGCAGGAGCUGAAGGCAUGCAAGACCUCACUGCUCCAGGAGCCUCCUCCACCGGCCUGCACGACCACUGACUGCCCCCACAGCCAGGAUGCGGAGGCCCUGCGUGAAGCGGUGCCUCGCUGGGAGAGCCAGGCCAGACCGAGGCAGAAGAGGCUGGCUGAAUUGGAGCAGCAGGUCCUGGAGAAGGCCAGCAGGGUGGAGACGCUCAGCCGACAGCUGGAGGAGUCCAAGCGCCACGCGGGGGAGAUGCAGAGGCAACUGGAGGAGUCUAAGUGUCAGCAGGGGGAGGUGGAGCAGCAGCUGAGUGUGCGGCUCAGAGAUUGUGAGGAGGAGCUGGCCAGACAGGCCACCCGGCCCCAUCAGGUCAAGUAUGUGACUGAGAUAGUGGAGGUGGAGUCGUCAGAGUCUAAGCAGGCCGUAGCCGAGGCCCAGGCCAAGAGUGUCGCCCUGCAGGAGCAGCUAUCACUGCAGAGACAGCUGCUCCGUGAGCUGGAGACACAGUUGCACGAUUCCCAGAGGACCAGCACCCAGCUCCGAGCUCAGAUCCUGGUGUACGAGGGGGAGAUGGAGCGGGCCCAGGGCCAGUUAGAGGCUGAAAUGCAGAACCUGGAGGAGGAGAAGAACCGGGUGAUAGAGGAGGCCUUCAUCAGGGCUGAAAGCGAGAUGAAGGCGGUGCAUGAGAACCUGGCAGGGGUGCGUAUGAACCUGUUGACCCUGCAGCCAGCCCUGCGUACUCUCACCUGUGACUACAACUGUCUGAAGAGACAGGUUCAGGACUUCCCCUUCAUGCUGGAGAAAGCCAUCACCGAGGCCAAGCAGGAGAUCUGCCAGGUGAUAGGCGAGGUGAGCAGUGCCAACCAAGAGCUGCUGAGGAAGUACAAGAGAGAGAUGAACCUGAGGAAGAAGUGUCACAACGAGUUGGUGCGCAUCAAAGGUAACAUCAGGGUGUUUUGUCGGGUGCGGCCAGUGUGCCGGGGGGAGCAUGAUUCUGCCGAAAACAUGGUCAGCUUUGACCCAGACGACGAUGCCCUUCUCUAUCUUUCCAACAAGGUCAAACUGAUGACCUUUGAACUGGACAAGGUGUUCCACCCUCAGGCCACACAGGAAGAGGUGUUCCAGGAGGUCCAGUCCCUGGUGACGUCCUGUAUUGAUGGCUUUAACGUGUGCAUCUUUGCUUACGGACAGACGGGCUCAGGAAAGACCUACACCAUGGAGGGUGUGGCCAAGGACCCGGGCAUUAACCAAAGGGCUCUCAGACUGCUGUUCUCUGAGGUGACUGAGAAAGCGCCCGACUGGGACUUCAAGAUCACUGUUAGCAUGGUGGAGAUCUACAAUGAGACCCUACGGAACCUUUUGGGGGACAUCCAGGGUGAGAAGCUGGACAUCAAGAUGAACCCGGACGGUAGCGGUCAGCUCUAUGUGCCAGGCCUCACGGAGUUCACUGUCCAGAGCCCUGAGGACAUCAACAAGGUGUUUGAGCUGGGUCACAUGAACAGGGCCACAGCCUGCACCAAUCUGAAUGAACACAGCUCCCGCUCUCACGCCCUCCUCAUCAUCACCGUAGCAGGCGUCAACUCCUCCACCGGGCACCGCACGCAAGGUAAGCUGAACCUGGUUGACCUGGCUGGCUCAGAGCGGAUUGCUAAAUCUGGGGCAGAGGGCAGCCGUCUGCGAGAGGCGCAGUGCAUCAACAAGUCCCUGUCGGCCCUUGGUGAUGUCAUCAAUGCGCUACGGAGCCGACACUCCCACGUGCCCUUCAGGAACUCCCGGCUCACCUACCUGUUGUCUGACUCACUGAGCGGGGACAGCAAGACCCUGAUGAUGGUGCAGGUGUCUCCCCUGGUCAGUAACAUGAGUGAGUCGGUGUGCUCUCUGAAGUUUGCCCAGCGGGUACGGACCAUCGAGCUGGGCAAUGCCACCAGGAGACAGUGGGAGAAUUCCUCCACCUCCUCCUCGCCCACCCACGACAGCGUGGAGCUGGACUCUCCCCCGGUGACUCCCGUGCCCCUCCCCAUCUCUCGGGCCAGCAGUGCCGGCUCCACCCUCUCUGCCUCCUCCAAAACCCCCACCACACGACGGAGGUCUCAGUCCCAGCUCUCUACAGACAGGCUGUUAGGCAGAGCCAUCCCAUUGGUGGGGGACGGUGGGCAGGACGACUGAAACUGUCUGUCUGAAGGCUCCAAUGGAUUCAGAAUGAAACCGGACCCUGAUCCAGUCAGCCAUUGGGCCAUCUGAACAGGAGGGUGUUAACCAGCACCUUGACCCACCAAUAGAAAGUCUCUGCUUUGGGAACAACCUAUCCACUAUCAGCCCUGUCUCCUUCUGCUGAUCUCACUCAGCCAAUGGGUGAGAGCAACUGGACUAGGCAAAUUAUCAGAUUUGACCGAUCGAACGGUGACAUUUUAAUUUGAAGAGCAGAGGGGGAUAUGAACUUUGACCCUCAUGGAUGGCCGCCUCAUGCUGCGUACCGAGACUCAGUCCCAAUGCUCUAAAAUGGCCUCCAGUUUUCAAUUUCUUCAUUACCACUGAUAGCUGAAAGGAAUCGAUAGGUGUUUAUUUUAGCCAGGACUGUUGUACAGCCCCCCCCAUAUCUUAACUACGUGCCCUCGUCUAUACCCCUGAAGGACCACAACACACCAGACUUCCACACCUGACUAGGGGCAAAAUGGGAGGAGCACCUGAGAGUAACACAGGCCCAUGUCCUAAAAACAACUCUCUCUCAUAAAGAAACCCUUUACCCCUCACAGCCCAGAACAACUCCACCCCACCUUUCACUCCUUCCCCUUUGACCCUUCAACUGAGCCUGUGAUCUAUUCUCCCAUUGGCCAAUGGACUUCCUCACAAUAAUGCCACACCCACACCCCUAGUGCUAACUCGUCCCAUCAUCCACUAACAGUAUAGCCCUUCUAAUCACAGUAUUUCUGGGUAAAAAUGCACUUUAAACAAGGCUGUUACCUUCUUGAUGUGUUUUAUAACAAUGCUCCAGUUACGGAUUAUGAUAAUAUGCAUAUACAGUAUAUAUGUGUGUUUGAGAUGUUUUUAAUCCCUUAAAUCUCCUUUGGUUUUUUUUUUUUUUUUACGAGGAUUCCAUCCUGGUCUCCUUCUACACUUUCUCCCCCUCAUCCAAUCAGGGUACUCCACAGAUAUGUUACUGUGGAGUACCCUGAGUACCCAAUAAGACGCAAGCAAUAGAGAUGAGUGCAGAGAGGUUAACUUCCUGUGUAGCCGUUUGUGUUUUAAAUUUCUCCAGGGCAAUACAGAGCUGCCUCAGCACUGCAUGGAAACGUUCAUGUUGUCGUGUUUCUUGUACCGAGCGAAUAAAGCUAGACCAAUUCAAACUCCCUGACAGACAGGAAAUGCCAUUCCUGUUAUUGGAUGCUGCCGGUUGGAGUUGCCCAGAGGCACAUUUCUAGGAUCAGAUUAUUCAAUAGGGACACAACACAAAACUGACCCUAGAUCUGCAUCCAGGACAGCUUUAUCCUACUCCCUAUGGCUGACCACAAGCAGCAAAUGACAACGGAUCGUCUCACGGAGCAGACACAUAUGUAGCUUCAGAAAUUGCUGCCCCUGCGGGAGUGAUUAAGCGUGUGAACUGUUUUUCAAAAUGCACCCAGUGUAAAUAGGAAUGCUUAGUACAUUUGAUCAGCUGAUCGAUCAAUACAUAUCGGCCGUGCAUCUUCAAUGUUAAACCAAUGUUCCCUUCAUGUCCAAGGAACAUUGAGGACACGCUGCAUCAUGUUGGUUGUUGAUGGGUAUCUUUGCUUGCUUUUGUCUUUGUUGUAGCUGCCGUAGGUUUCUACAGUCUUGUUUUUGUACACCCUUUUUAAUAAACACUCGAUACCAAAUGGAA